AUGAGCAAAGCACAAGAUCCGCCACGAGGUUUCUUCCCAUUUGGGAAUCCCUUUCGGAUGUUAUCUCCAAAGGGCUCAGAGUUAUCUCCAUGGCUACUUUCUCUAUUGAACGGCUUUGAGUCACUUUUAGCAGCGAGACUAAAGAAACUCAUGCCUAAGAACAAAGACGACAUCCUCACUUUAUCGUGGAUGAAGCUAGCGAUGGAGUCACUCUGCGAGACUCACAACAACAUAAACACACUCAUCACUGAUCUCCACCUUCCUGUCUCUAACUGGGAAGGGAAAUGGGUUGAUGUUUACCUCGACAUAAGUGUCAAGUUACUAGAUCUCUGCAACGCCUUCAGCUCCGAGCUCACGCGUCUCAGCCAGGGAGAUCUCUUCCUCAAAUGUGCUCUGCACAAUUUGAAAUCAGAUUCCGGUGAGAAGUAUCUCCAGGCUCGGUCUUCGCUUGAUAGCUGGAGGCAGCAUGUUAAUGCAAACAACCCUAGGAUUGAAAACUGCCGUGCGGUUCUCGACAGUCUUGUGAAGUCUCUGAGCUUGCCUAAAGUCAAGAACUCGCCUAAAGGGAAGGUUCUUAUGCGUGCUUUUUACGGUGUCAAGGUUCAAACGGUUUACAUCUGCAGUGUUUUCACCGCGGCAUGGUCUGAUUUCCCCAAGGAUCUUUUCGAUUUACCUGUCUCUGUAAAACCAUUGUGGGCUAAGGAGUUUACAGAUAUGCAGAGUCUUGUGAAUGGUGAGAUUAGAGAUAUGUUGUCUUCCGGUAGAAGCACUGUUCUCAAAGAGCUUGAGAGCGUUGAUGCUAGUGUGGAGAAGCUAUACCCGUUGAUUCAAGAUGGUGUUGCUCCUGUGGAAGUUGAGAGCUUUGAGGGUUAUGUAACGGAAUUGGGGAGUGAAGCUGAGAAAUUGUCUCAAGGGUUAGAUCGGUUACUGGAGGAAGUUGACAGUUUCUUCAAAAUGACUUUGAGUGGACGAGAUGUGUUGCUCUGUAAUCUUAGGUCAAGUGAUUCAUUCUCUGGCAAAGCAAUUGGUGAAGAUUUAGAUUGUCAGUGA